AUGAAAAACGGUAAUAAGGAAGUUAAACUAAUCUACAGAAAAUUAAAUGACAAUUUUUUUAUCAUAAAUAAGCCUGUCAAUUGGGUAUUAGGAAAAAGGCGAAAAAUAGACGAACAAAAAAAUAAUGAAAACAGUUAUUUUUUAAGUGACUACAUCAAUAGUUUAAAAAAUAGAAUAGGAGAAAAAAAUGAAAUAAGAGGAAAUUAUAAUGAGAGCAAGAAUUAUGAUUAUAUUAGUAAUUUAACAAACUUAAGCAUUUCUGAAAAAAACGCAUUUUUAUACACAAACUCUCCACUAUAUCUUUAUAACAAUUUAAAUUCAAACUUGUUUUGUAAUACAAAUAAAAUAAAAAAUACUUCGAAUAUAUAUAACAAUAUUUUUGUAGAAAAAAAUUAUAUUGAAUCUAUACUAAAACAUGAUUCUAGUACACACAUAUAUUAUCCGUAUAAGCUCCCUAUAUACAUAAGCGGGUUAGUUAUAUGUUGUAAUAAUUAUUUGAUAUAUAAAAAAUUUAUUCAAAUGAUUAAUGAAAAUAAGUUAAUACGAAAGUAUCGAUGCUUAGUAUACAGUCCAUUUUCACUUGUUGAUACAAAAAAUAGUGAUGUAGAUAGCUUCAAAAAAAAUAAUACGACAUUUUUUUCAGAAGAAAAUACACAGUUUAUUACUAAAAGUGUGAAUGUAUCAUCAAACCAUAAAUAUGAAGCAAAUAUAAAGAAUCAUAUAAAAUGUGAAAAUGUAUUCCAAAAUAUUUCGUCUUUACAAGCACAAAAAGAGGCAAGUAUUAUUUUUCCUUUUUAUAAUUUUUUUGAUGAAAAUAUAUAUUCUACAAAAUAUCUUUAUAAUUUAAUAGAUCUUGAAAUAAACAAAUUAAAAGACCAAAAUAAUAAUAGUUUAAAUUAUAAUUUAAAGGACAAAAAAAAAUCUCAAAAUAAUGAAAAAAUGAUGAUUGAAAAAUAUUUUAUUUCUACGAAUUUAGCUAAAAGUUCACCAAUCACAAGCUUAAACCAUUUAACUUCUUUUCUUCUAAACAAUAAUAAUACCAUUAUAAAUAAUUUUGAUAACAACAUUCAUUUGGAAAAUAUUUCUGAACAAGUUAAUUUAAAAAAAGACGAUUUUAGCGAAGGAAGCAAAAGAACAUGCUUUCACAAAAAUGAAUUAAACCCUGAACCCUCAAAUAAAACGAACGAAAAGAAUGUCGAUUAUGAUGUUGAAUUAAAAAACAAUUUCAUGAAACAUAUAAUAGAUGGAGAAAUAAAUUUUCCCAUUUCUUUUUUUUUUAACCCAGGUAAUUUAUAUUUUUUCCAGAAAAAGGUUGGAAAAAAUUCUAAACAAUUUUCAAUGAUUUAUAGUAUAGAAAAUUAUAAAGAUUAUUUAAAAAAAAAUAAAAAUAUUAUAUCAUCAUUAUAUGAACAAAAAAUGAACAAACAAGAUUGUCCAAACAAAAAUAGAAAUCUAUAUAAUUUUAGUAAUAUAUAUAUAAUCGAUUUUAUAUUAUUAGAUAAUUUAAAGACAGAUCUUAUUCGUUUUUUUUUUAGCGAAAUGAAAACACCAAUAAUAUAUGAUAACAUAUUUUAUAAAAACUUUUUUAAAAUAGAUAUAACAAAUGAAAUAAUUACACAACAUAUAGAGAAAGUUAUAUAUAAAAAUGUUUAUAAAGAAAAUUUAAAUGAUAUAUUUUACGAUAAAUAUUUCAAUAAUAGUGAAUAUACAUAUAAAAACUUGAUGAAAAAUGAGGAUAAAAUAAUUAAUGAAUAUAUUUACAUGGAAACCCCUAAUCCUUUUAAUUCGUUUACUAUUCCAUUUGAAAAAAAUCCAACUACUAAAACUAGCGAGGAAAAUAAAAUAAAAUUAAAUUUAAAUAAUUAUUUUAUAAAUGAACAAAUUAGUGAAAAUGAUACUGAUAAAAAUAGACAAAAAUAUAACAAAAAAGAAGAAUCAUUUAUUUCAAGAAAUAUUAAAAGCUAUAAUAAUCUUUGUUUAGAAUUAUAUCAAUUACAAUUUAUUGAUCCUAUCAACAAUGAUCAUAUUAUUGUUGAAAAUUCAUUACCCAGUUCUUGGGUAUAA